AUGGAGCGCCACGCCAAAGCCGUGCGGCUCAUCUCCUCCACCAUCCGCUCGUACUUUGAGCGCUCGCUGCCGUACCGCAUCAGCCAUGGGUCCACCAACUCGACGCGGCCGGCGCACCUCAAGAAGUCGGCCCAUCUCGUGGACAUCGCGGCCCUGCGCAACGUCCUCGAGGUCAACAAGGCCGACCGCACGGCGCUCGUCGAGCCCAACGUCCCCAUGGACGCCCUCGUCGCCGCCACGCUGCCGCACGGCCUGGUCCCGCCCGUGGUGAUGGAGUUCCCGGGCAUCACGGCCGGCGGCGGCUUCGCCGGCACGGCGGGCGAGAGCAGCAGUUUCCGCUGGGGCUACUUUGACGAGACGGUCAAGAGCGUCGAGAUGGUGCUGCCGGACGGCGAGGUCGUCACCGCGAGCCCCGAGAAGGACAGCAAGUACGAGGACCUGUUCAAGGGCGCCGUGGCGUCGGUCGGCACGCUGGGUGUCACCACGCUGCUGAAACUGCAGCUCAUCGACGCCAAGCGCUUCGUCAAGACGACUUACCGGAGGACCAGUAGCGUUGCGGAGGCGGUGCGAGUAGUCAAGGAGGAAUGCGCGAAGGAGGAGAACGACUAUGUGGACGGCAUCCUGUUCUCCAAGGAUCAUGGGGUCAUUGUCAGCGGCACCAUGACGGACGAAGGUCCUAAGGACGGCGAGACUGUAAAGACUUUCAGUGGACCGUGGGAUCCCUGGUUCUACAUGCACGCUCAAGAUGUCACCAAGGGUCUCCCGUCCUCGGAAAGCACGCAGGCCGCGGCGGAGAGCACGGUGACCGAGCACAUCCCCCUGGCCGAGUACCUGUUCCGCUACGACCGCGGAGGCUUCUGGGUCGGCGCGGCCGCCUUCGACUACUUCCGCCCCGUGCCCUUCACGCGCUUCUUCCGCUGGUUCCUCGACGACUUCCUGCACACGCGCAUGCUGUACCGCGCGCUGCACGCCAGCGGCGAGAGCGCCAAGUUCUUUGUCCAGGACCUGGCCAUCCCCUACGAGACGGCCGAGCAGUUCGUCGACUAUACAACCGACUCGCUCGACAUCUGGCCGCUGUGGCUGUGCCCGCUCAAGACGCCCAAGGGCCCGACCUUCCACCCGCACCUGCGCGGCCAGGGCGCCGGCGAGAUGCUGAACAUCGGCGUCUGGGGCUGGGGCCCCAAGAACCGCGAGGCGUUUGUCAAGGCGAACCGCGACCUCGAGGCCAAGGUCAACGAGCUGGGCGGCAUGAAGUGGCUGUAUGCGCACACCUACUACAGCGACGCCGAGUUCUGGGACGCGUACGGCAACAGGGAGCCCUACGAGGCGCUCCGGUCCAAGUACAAAGCCACCAGCCUCCCCAAUGUCUACGACAAGGUCAGGGUGAAGGAUGCGCCGCCCGAGUCGGGGUGGAAAGCGUGGGUCAAGAGCACUUGGCCGCUUGGUGGACUGGUGGGUAUCGUAAGAGGAAUUCAGAGCAAGGACUACAUGCUGCACCGCAAUGCAGCCUGGAAGUGGAAGGGUGACGAGAAGGAGAAGACUGCAUAG